UUGCGUUUCUUUCAGGCACAAGAAGAGGAGGAAGAGGCCGGUAAGGAGGGCUCCGACGAAGCCCAGAAAGAGGAGAACAAGAAGCCAGCAUCUUCAGACACCAGCUCCAAGGAUGCCGUCGUUGAUGCUAUGGCAGUCAGCAUCUUGGGUCGACUGCCGCCCCUCUUUGAUGUGACUGCCCUGCGAAAGAAGUACAUGGGCAGCGAAAUUUCGCCCACUACUGUCGUGCUGAUACAAGAACUUGACCGGUACGUUUACCUCUCCCCAACCGACAGGUCGACUGUCAUAUCCGACAGAGGUCCACCCCGUGAUGCACGGCAUGGUGGGGCAGGGACGUUAACUUGCGCGUGA